CUUGAGGAUGAUGAAAUGAAAGCUUUGGAUGUAUAGAUUUUCUACAGGGAAGAACCAGAAAACCAGAAUGUUAGUCAGAAUUCAUGCCCUUCUUCAACAGUGCCUCAUACUUACAGCCCAUUGAAGCCAAGAAAUUACCAACUAGAGUUUGCUUUACCUGCUCAGAAAGGAAAAAGCACAAUAAUAUGUGCUCCUACUGGUUGUGGAAAAACCUUUGUUCUUCUUAUAUGUGAACAUCAUCUUAAAAAAUUUCCACAAGGACAAAAGGGGAAAGUGGUCUGUUUUGCUAUUCAACUCCCAGUGUAUGAACAGCAGAAAUCUGUGUUCUCAAAGUAUUUUGAAAGACUUGGGUACAAAGUUGGAGGCAUUUCUGGAGUAACAUCUGACAAUGUCUCUGUGGAACAGACUGUUGAGAACAAUGACAUCAUCAUUUUAACUCCACAGAUUCUUGUGAACAGCCUUAAAAAUGGGACUAUUCUGUCACUCUCUGUCUUUACUUUGAUGAUAUUUGAUGAAUGCCACAACACUAGUAAAUAUCAUCCUUAUAAUAUGAUCAUGUUUAAUUAUCUAGAUCAGAAACUUGGAGGAUCUUCAGACUCACUGCCCCGGGUCAUUGGGCUGACUGCCUCGGUUGGCACUGGGGAUGCCAGAAAUACAGCUGAAGCCACAGAAUAAAUCUGCAAAUUGUGUGCUUCUCUCGACGCAUCAGUGGUAGCAACAGUCAAAGACAACUUGGAGGAACUGGAGGAGAUUGUUUUUAAGCCCCAGAAGUUUUUCAGGAAAGUGGAAUCACAGACCACCGACAGAUUUAAAUGCAACAUAUCUCAGUUGAUGAUAGAGACAGAUCUGGUAAAGAGUAUCUUUGAAGAACUUGAAAACUUAUCUCAAAUUCAAAAUAGGAAUUUUGGAACACAGAGAUAUGAACAGUGGAUUAUCGCAGUUCAGAAAGCGUGCAUGGUGUUUCAGAUGCAAGAUGAAGAGAGCAGAAUUUGUAAAGCACUGUUUUUCUACACGUCGCAUUUAUACAAUGAUGCCCUCAUUAUCAAUGAGCAUGCUCGAAUGAAAGAUGCUCUGGAUUACUUAAAAGACUUCUUCAGAAAUGUCCGAGCAGCAGGAUUUGAUGAGAUUGAGCAAGCUCUCACUCAGAGAUCUGAAGGUGGGUGGCGUUUCCAGGAGAGGAAGCCAGUGGAGCCUGGAGACUCCAAGGACAGCCUACACAUAUUAACUAUAGCCAAAGGUCACAGUGUGUUCUACAUUGCUAGUAUUUAUAAACCGUUUGUAAAAUGUUCCCCUUUUGCAAAGAAACUGCAGGAACUAGAAUGUAUUUCCAUGGAUCCCAGCAAUGACAACCCUAAACUCAAAGAUCUCUGCUUCAUCUUGCAAGAAGAGUACCACUUAAGCCCAGAGACCAGAAUCAUCCUCUUUGUGAAAACCAGAGCACUCGUGGAUGCUUUAAAGAAAUGGAUUGAAGAAAAUCCUAAGCUCAGCUUUCUAAAACCUGGCAUAUUGACUGGACAUGGCAGAACAAAUCAGAAAAUAGGAAUGACCCUCCCAGUAUAGAAGUGUGUAUUGGAUGCAUUCAGAACCGACGGAGAUAACAAGAUUCUGAUUGUCACCUCAGUUGCUGAUGAAGGCAUUGACAUUGCUCAGUGCAAUCUGGUCCUCCUAUAUGAGUAUGUGGGCAAUGUCAUCAAAGUGAUCCAAACCAGAGGUGAGAAAAGCUUUCAUGCCAUUACUAAAAGGCUGCCAUUUUAUCUGAUUUGUAAAUGUGUCUGUCAUUCCAGCCUUUCUCCUUUACUAGAGCCCAGAAGCAUCCAAGAACUUAUUUCUAUGAUGGAAGCUUCAGGAUCUGGUAGUAUUUCAUUCUGGAGGAAUAAGGUUUGCCAGAUACAGAUUCAUGAAAAAUUCAUCAGGGAUAACCAAGGAAUAGCAAAACCUGUGCUUGAUAAGGAAAAUAAAAAACUGCUCUGCAGAAAGUGCAAAACCUUUGCAUGUUAUACAGCUGAUAUAAGAGUGAUGGAAGAAUGCCAUUUCACUAUGGUUGGAGUUGCUUUCAGGGAGCACUCUGUGAGUAAGUUAUACCCCAGACCAAAGAGCUUUGGGAGUUUUGAGAAGAGGGCAAAGAUCUUCUGUGCCAGGGAGGACUGCAGCUAUGACUGGGGAAUCCAUGUGAAGUAUAAGGUAUUUGAGAUUCCAGUUAUAAAGACUGAAAGUUUUGUGGUGGAAGAUGUUGCAACUGGAGCUCAGACACUGUAUGCAAAGUGGAAGCACUUUCAUUUUGAGAAGAUCCCAUUUGAUGCUGCAGAAAUGUCCACUUGAGCUCAGGACCUCAGUCUGCAGGGAAUGGGUGACCUUGAGUGAAGAAGAAAUUAGACCAGUGGGUGAAUCACAGAUCAGUUGUACCACUGUCAAGAUAUUUUCCCUAAGGCUUGUACUGUAUUGAGUAUAUAUCACUUAACUUCUGUUGUUUUCAGCAGUUUGUACUGUAUCACUUACAUAAAACACAAGUGAAUGAAUCACAGCACUCAGUGAAUCACUUUGUAGGUCAGUAGAGCUUGGGAAAAAUGAAAAAGGCUUAACUUAUUGCCAUUCUUCCCUUCAGAACCCACUGCCAGUGUGCACCGCUAGCUACUCAGUACACAUUGGGAUAAAUGAAUGACUGAAUGGAAUGUUGAAAGGUUUUCCAUGCUUCCCUUUCUUUCCUUAAACUACUGUAAACUGGCUUUUGCCCUUAAUAAUCUACUGAAAUAGUUUUUGUCAAGGUCACCAGUGACUCUGGUGGCCCAAUCCACUGGGCACGUCUUAGUCCUUCCCUCUGUUUGACCUCUUUGCUGCUUUUGGCCCUGUUGAA